UCAACAACAGUGCUUUGGAGACAUUCAACGGAAACGGUUGUUUACGACCGAGAAGAAAGUGAAAGCGAAAUAUACUUCGUCAUUCAACACACAUACGAAUAUAGUUACAUACACAUGCACGAGAUUUUGACUCGUUGGGCAUGCAAAAUAAAAGUUGCGUACGCGAGUGUUUGAAAGCAUGAAUUAGUGCUUUGUUGAAAAUAUUAAUUGAUACUUAAUUAAAGCAACAAGACCAUUUAAUUACGGUGUCUGCGAUUGCAAUCGGUGUUAAAGUUGUUUUGCGUUUGGCGUAAGUGUUAAAUAGUUGACGGAAGAACAAGUUUAUAGCAAAAUUGUGCGCUUCUAAGAAACCAUUAAAUUAUUUAUUCAGAUCAAGACCAAGAAGCGAAUGCAUGAAAACUACAUUUUUUUUAAUUUGCUGUGUGUUUUAUCAAAUAUUUAUGACUGGCUGAGUGAUAUACUUCAGUGUGUUCAAUUAAUUGUGACGAUUUUUUAACAGUUUACUUAUAGUAGAUUUAAAAGCACAGUGGCUCAAAAACGUAAUGGAACAAUAAAGUUAAACUUGUGCAAAAUUGAUUACACACACUAGAGACCAUGGAUAUACAACGAGCGAACGAAGAUAGUUUUAUACGAAGUCCGCCCAGUCUUAUAUACUACACCGCAUCCACACCCAACAGCGCCAACAUGACACAGUCUAUUUCGGAUCAGCAUCUAAUCAACAAAUCAAAUUUUUCCACGGCACAAAGCACCGUUACAAGCGCGGUUACUGAAGUUUUGCAGAUUUCAAACUCAUCGUCCGAAGAGUGGGCACAUUUCUACGAUCUCAUGUUGUCCUGGCAAGGCAUUUGUUUGAUCACAAUAUUUUGUGUGCUUAUCGUGAUCACAGUGCUGGGCAAUACAUUGGUAAUCAUGGCGAUUAUAACCACACGACGGCUGCGCACCGUCACAAACUGUUUUGUUAUGAGUUUAGCAGUGGCGGAUCUACUGGUGGGCAUUUUCGUUAUGCCACCUGCUGUAGCCGUACAUUUAGUGGGCUCCUGGCGUCUCGGCUGGAUACUCUGCGACAUUUGGAUCUCUCUUGACAUACUGCUCUGUACCGCGUCCAUACUCAGCUUGUGCGCCAUCAGCGUGGACAGAUACCUGGCAGUGACGAAACCGCUUAAGUACUCGCGUAAGCGCCGUUCGAAACGCCUGGCGCUGUUAAUGAUACUCAUAGUUUGGGUGUUGGCAUUGGCGAUAACUUGUCCGCCCAUGCUUGGUUGGUAUGAGCCGGGUCGACGUGACCGAAAUGAGUGCCGUUACAAUCAAAAUAAAGGAUACGUCAUCUAUUCGGCCAGUGGGUCCUUUUUUCUGCCAAUGAUUGUGAUGAUUUACGUUUAUGCGCGUAUUUCCUGCGUCAUCGCCUCGAGGCAUGACAAAAUGACCCACACCAGUGUGCACUGCAAGCGCUUCCGACGCUAUACUACCGUUGAUACCGACAAUUAUGGCGAACAGGAUUUCUUCGAGUUGACACGCGAGAAGACCUCGGGUGAACGCAGAUUUUCCAAUCAAACUAUCAUUAACGAGCUUUCUGAAGUCAUGGCGGCCGAUGUGGAGAAAGCCCGACCACUACUUAGCUUACCGGCGACACAUAACGGUAAGGGCAAUAACUACGGGCUAACACGACCGGUGUCAUGGAAAACGCAACCAGCUGCAGUGUAUCAGUACGCGUCCAAUGGCAAACGGCAGCAGUACGCCCAGUCGUGCCCGCCCGGUUCGAUAGCACGCAUGCAGCAGCCACGCGGAUCCCAACCGCAACAGCAACAGCUGAGGUCCUUGGCCAACUGUAUCAUUUCACUGCGUAAAGAGCAUAAGACCACGCAAACGCUGAGCAUUGUGGUCGGCGGCUUUAUUGCCUGUUGGCUGCCAUUCUUCAUUUACUAUCUGCUUACACCGUUUCUAGAGCCGAGCCAGGUCAGUCGGGCGCUCACGCAUGUGCUCACCUGGCUGGGGUGGCUAAACAGUGCCAUAAAUCCCUUCAUUUAUGCAUUCUACAGCAUCGACUUUCGCGUGGCCUUCUGGCGACUCAUCUGCCGACGCUGCUGCAGCAAUAUGAUGCGACCGCAAACGCCCACCACAACGACAUCGAUGCGACUGUAAGCGCAGCGCUCAGCAGAAAUUCCAGCAUAUGGGCGCACAAUCGAAGGUCAAUGGGUCCCACCUGUUUUACAUUGUUCUGCACAUCCGCGUAGGUUUAUUUGAGUGGAAAACAUAUGUACCAGCAUAUAUGUAUAUAUAGAAUUAUAAGCUACAAAAAAAUUGACUCGUUAUGCAUCGGAUUAUGUGUAUGUAUGUGUAAUGAGUGUUCUAUGUUCCGUAUAUAUGUUUGUGGUUCUAAUAUUUUAAAGCUAUCAGUAAAGCAUUGUGCUCAACAUCCGUAUGAAGACGCAUUCAAUAUGGCUGACUCGAUGUUGGGGUGUUAUAUAAUCGCUUUUAAAUAGCUUAAAUACCCCUAUGCUUGUAUAUAAACACGUCACUGUAAAUAUGACGUAUCCAAAGUGGUAGUGGUAAAUAUGUUUAAUUUUCUCUGAGAAU